AGGACGAAGUACAAACCUUUGUGUUACAGUACAUAUACAUAAAUACAAACUAAGAUGAAUCAUUUUCAUGUGUUAAUUGUAAAUGUUUAUUUAUUGAGUGAAUACAGAUAUUAUCACUUCAUAUACACAUAUAUGUACACAUCAUUGUGCAUUUACACAUGAUCCCGUUUCUCCAAGAGCUGAUUAGAUUAAUUGAAAAUAAAAUCAAACUGAAAAAACACAGAACAUCCAGUUCAAUAUAAUGCAAAUUUGAAUUAAUGCUUAGUCAUCACUCACACAGGAAAAUUUCUUUCUAAAGUUGCAACGUUUCUCUCAAAUACUUUAAUUUCUGUACAAUAUGGAGGAAUUUAUCUUUAAAAAUAUGGGAGAAUUGUGCCGGAUAACGAACCCAAGUGAAGAUUUUUUAGACUUUCUUUUAAUGAAAAACAUUAUUUCGGAUGGAAAACACAAUGACAUUAUGAGGAAAAGUGGGAACUCGUCUAAAAAUAUGAUCCUGUUCGAAUUUCUACAAAAAUCGCGUACUGACGACGACUUGGACAAUAUAAUAUCUGCAUUGCAAACUGGUGGAAAUACCGAAGCGUUGAAAAUGUUUGAAAGCUUAAAAAAGGGAAUAGCAACAGAUUUGGAAGGAGGUUCAGUUUCAGUUUCUAACCGACCACCCACACCACAACCUGCAGAAAUGGUUACGAGGAGUGAUGACGAAUUAGAUGCUUGCAGAUUAGUUGAGAUUUAUCCACAUACUGGAAAGAAAAUGGCUCUGAUAAUAAACGUUCUAAAAAAUCGGCGCGGUGCUGAAAAUGACACGACGGCCUUGAAUGAGACUCUACGUCGAUGUGGAUUUGACGUUGUGCUAUGCCAACGUUUCACAGAGGAUGGCAUUCUGAAUACUAUUCAAGAAUUCAAAAGCAACUUAACUGGGGUGUCAUGUUGUCUGGUUGCCGUGAUGAGUCAUGGAGUCGGAAUGUAUGACUUUUUGACCGAAGAUGAUGUCGAUCUAAAUUUCAAGAAGGUGGUCGUUAACCAAUUCAACAAUGUACGGUGUCGAGAGUUAAGGAACAUGCCAAAAGUAUUUUUAGCAAAUUUUUGCCGAGGGGACAAAGUUGAUACUUGCAAAGACUCUGGAAUAAAGUCCGAGGAAACGUCAUCACAGAAAAACUCCUCAGACGGAUGCACUGAUGCUGAUUCCUUUGUGGAGACAGAUUCCACAGGGACAUAUUCCGACAUGAUACUUUGUCACGGAACAUAUGAUGACCACUAUGCUUAUCGUACUGCCAGAGGAACUUGGUUUAUUCAAAAUUUUUGCAAGGUUUUAAAAACUAGAGCGAACGGAAGCAAGGAUUUUAAGGAAAUUAUGGACUUGGUCUUUGAUAAAGUUAAUGAAGAAGAAACAGAAUACGGAGCUAAGCAAUGUCCUACUUACGAGUGUACAGGAUUUAGUAAGAAGCUGUACUUAAAAUAUGAUUGAGGAGCAGAAAAAUACUUAUGAUCUGGAUCUAGUCGUAUAAUACAUUGCUCCAAAAUAAUUGAAUAUGAUACGCCUGAAAAUUGUUUAAGAGCUUAUUUUAUAAACACAUAAAGAUUUCGAGAAUGCAAGUAAAGUUUAAAAUAGCGGAGAA